UGGCGCGCGUGUGGAUCCUGAAGACUGGUAAAUAUCAACUGAUUUUUUUUUUAAUUGGCACACGUUGUAGUGUCCACAGUGCACGGGUGCGGGGCGUGAGGUGGUAGGUUGAAGUGGUGCCGGCGAGAUAGCAGGUGGUGGUGGUGGUGGUGGCGGCGGUGCGCGGGAAAACCGAGCCAUGGCAGGCCAAGAGGAAGGGUUGGCGCUGCACAUCUCGGAGGUUAUUGAGGAGUUCAGCACCUUUGGAGUGACUCUCUCUGACGAGGCAGCUAACCAGUGUUUAGCAUUGUGCAAGCAGUAUGGUGUUGAUGGAGAGCAGCUGGCAGUGCUGUGGCUCACCUUUGCCAGCACACAUGGCUAUGAUAGCGUUACCUUGGAGGCUCUGGAACACCUGGAUCGUGUGGAACAGAACUCUUCACGGAAGAAAGCUGCUGCAGAAGCUGCUAGUGCCUCAACUGUCAACAGACUGAAUGCCAGUUUGGACAAUGGCUGUCUCUCCCGUCCCGAAGACGACGACGAUGAAGACAUCCUGGAGGCGUAUGGUGGCAGCGGCAGCGGUUUCAAGGCUCCCAAGCAAACGUUAACACCCAAAAACGAGAAGCCCAAUGGUAAAGUUCGCUCCAUCUCCGCCCAAUUCCACUCUGCCACUCUUUCUCCUACUGUGGCCAGCCCAUCAUUGAAAUAUUCCAGCCGCACCAAUUCUGGUACUGUGGUUGUCCAGUAUGGUGCCCCUGACAACACCACAUGGACUGCCAAUCCAGACUUCCAUCCAGAGGUGAAGUUGGUUGGAUGUUUUGAUGAGCCACCACUGACCAAAGCUUACAACUUCAUGUAUGAGAGGCCAGGUACAACUGGAGAGGUGUUGAGUGACAUGACACUCAGCUUGGCUGAGGAGAUGCAGGAUAUCAUGCUGAAGAAAGGCAAGCAAGGAGAGGAGGAGGAAGAAGAGUACUCAAGUGUUAACACAAUGACCAGUGAGGCAAUAUCUACUGUAGGAAGAGUAUGCUGUGACUGCAGUAGUCACCUAAAUGCUGCCUCAGUACUGGUGGAGGGAUGUAUGGAGGACAACAAGAGCAGCGUGGUCCAGUUAGAUCUUUCCCAAGUGAAGGGUUUUUCCCUGUUCCCAGGGCAGAUUAUGGGCAUAAGAGGAUCAAAUCCAACAGGUAACAAACUGCUUGCUCAAGAACUGGUGGAUGGCAAGCUCCCUCCAGAGCCUACCUCUCCAAUCACAAUAUCCACCAGCACAGGUCCAGUUCAGCUAGUAGUGGCAAGUGGACCUUUUACCACAAGCAGCAACUUGCUCUACGAACCUCUCACCGACUUCUUGACUGCUGUGCGCAACAACCCACCUCAUGUACUUGUCCUGUUGGGUCCGUUUCUUGAUGCUGGCCACCCACUUGUGGUUGGUAAUGAUUUAGGAGAAACCCAUGAUGCUGUGUUCAACCGUUGUCUUCGCAUCAUUUCCACCACGCUAGAGAGUACACCUACUCAGGUCAUUCUGGUGCCAUCAAGCAGAGAUGUGUGUUCUCCAAUGGUGUAUCCUACACCACCUUAUGAUGUGGCAGGUAACUUUACCUGUGUGAGUGAUCCAGCACUUGUGAACAUUGAGGGUGUUGUUGUAGCUCUCACAGCAACGGAUGUUCUAUUCCAUCUUGGCAAGGAAGAAAUCUCCUCAGCAUCUCAGGAUCGUCUGGUAAGGCUUACUCGUCACAUUUUGAAGCAGCGCAGCCUGUAUCCCUUGUAUCCACCCCAUGAGAGCAUGUGUGUGGUCAUGGAGCAACUGGAAAACUAUGUGCACUUGCCAUACAAACCCCAUCUCCUUGUGAUUCCAUCAGAUCUUCGCUAUUUUGCUAAGGAAGUGGAAGGCUGUGUUGUAGUAAACCCAGAGCAUCUAGCAAAAGGUCUCAUUGGAGGAACCUAUGCAAGAAUAGAACUGCAUCCUCCUUCCAACGAUAAAAGAAUGGUAAACUCCAUUAAUGUAAAUGUUCUAAAAGUUUAAGACCUAUUGUUUCUACACAAGACUUGUGAGAUGCAAUGGUACAAUCUGCACAAGUGCAUUUUUAAUUUUAGGGGCAGUUUUUUUAUUUUUAUUUAGCUUCCAAGUCUGAACUUUAAAUUUUCCUGAAUAGAACCAUUACUUGUGUGAGAAUUUUCCUGAAUAGAACCAUUACUUGUGUGAGAAGUCCUCCUGGUAGUUUACAUACUUGUUUUACUUCUGGAUAUUCAUUUGUCAUUUGGAAGAAAAAACUUUUAUAUAUCAAUUUAUCCAAUUAAAUGCAAACAUCAGAUUGUAUAAUUCAGCACAUAGGUAAUUGGCUAUACAAACUUAAAUCUUUACAACUGAAAAGGUACUGUUAUUUAAGUCGCACAUAAAGAUUUAAAUGUAUUGCUCUAGUAAAAAAUGUAUAUA